AUGCUGCGGCUCAUCAAGCGCAACUCGGGGCUGCUGCAGCAGCUGCGCGGGUAUGCUGCCUCCUCUGAGGCCGCGGUGGUAGAGAGCGAGGUGUUCACCCGCUACGCCUCCCCCUUCCCCGCCCAGCUGAACCUGACCUCAGCCCUGGCCCAGCUCCCGGAGACCAAGGUUUCCACCCUGGCGAACGGCCUGCGUGUGGCCAGCGAGUCUGUGCCCUUUGCCGAGACGGCCACGGUGGGCGUGUACAUCGACGCCGGCAGCCGGUUCGAGACCGAUGCCACCAACGGCGCGGCCCACUUUCUGGAGCACAUGGCGUUCAAAGGCACGGCCAGCCGCGGUGUGCGCGACCUGGAGGUGGAGAUCGAGAACCUGGGCGGGCACCUGAACGCAUACACCAGCCGCGAGCAGACGGCCUACUACGCCAAGGUGUUCCAGAAGGAUGUGCCCCAGGCGGUGGCCAUCCUGGCCGACAUCCUGCAGAACAGCAAGCUGGAGGAGCGCGCCAUCGCGCGCGAGCGCGACGUCAUCCUGCGCGAGCAGCAGGAGAUCGAGGGCAUCCCCGAGGAGGUGCUCUUCGACCACCUCCACGCCACCGCCUUCCAGCACUCCCCCCUGGGCCGCACCAUCCUGGGGCCCGCGGAGAACAUCCGCUCCCUCACCCGCGCCGACCUGGUGGACUACAUCACCACCAACUACCGCGCGCCGCGCAUCGUGGUGGCCGCUGCGGGCGCCGUCGAUCACGAGGCCCUGGUGGCCGCGGUGGAGAAGGGCUUUGGGAAGCUGCCCUCCGAUGGGCCCACGGCCUCCCAGCUCGUGGACAAGGAGCCCGCGCUGUACACCGGCAGCGAGGUGCGCAUCAGGGACCCUGACCAGGCCAAUCUGCACUUUGCCCUGGCCUACAAGGGCGCCUCCUGGGCCGACCCCGACUCGGUUCCCCUCAUGGUCAUCCAGACGCUGCUGGGCGCGUGGGAGAAGAACUCUGGCGCUGGGUCCGAGGCGGCCAGCCCCCUGGUCCAGCCCCUGGCGGUCAACGGUCUGGCCAACUCCUUCAUGGCCUUCAACACCAACUACCACGACACCGGCCUGUUUGGCGUCUACGCCGUGGCCGACAACGACGCCGACCAUGAGGACCUGGCCUGGACCAUCCUGCACAAGAUCACGGGGCUGACCUACGGUGUGAGCCAGACCGACGUGGACCGCGCCAAGAACCAGCUCAAGGCCUCCAUCCUGUUCUCCGGCGAUGGCACCACAGGCACGUGGGAUCUUGUGAGGUGUAGCAUGGCGGAGGACAUCGGCCGCAACCUGCUCGUCUACGGACGCCGCAUCCCCAAGGCCGAGCUGUUUGCGCGCAUCGACGCGGUGGACGCAGCCGCGGUCAAGGACGUCGCCUACCGCUUCUUCAACGACCAGGAUGUGGCCGUGGCUGCCCUGGGGGACACACAGUUCCUGCCCGAUUACACGUGGCUGCGCCGGAGGACAUACUGGCUGCGGUACUGA